AUAAAUACGUCGAACUGCCAUCGAUGCCGAUAGAAACGUUGUCAUUCAGCAUCAACGUUAAGGCGACAACAUCGUGACUGCUGCAACAGUUCCUGGACAGAUUCAUCCUUCUACAGCGAUAUUUUGAGCAUCCACCCAGUUUCUGCCAAGUCAGAAGGAUGGGAAACUUUCCACUUUGCCUUCUUUUCUUCAUCCUCAUUGCCAUGGCAUCCGUGGCAGCUGAAACCUACUUAGAAAAAUACGGGAAACUGAGGGAAGAAUUAAUCAAUCCGUUAAAAUACAACUACAAAGUGAGACCUGAAAAUGAGACCUUCAUCAACAUUACUCUGGAUUUUAGAACUCUGGACAAAUUGGACAUAGCAUCCCAGUCUUUAAGUACCACGUUUCUACUUUAUAUGUCAUGGAUCGAUGAGCGACUCACUUGGCCAUCAACAACUGACAUCGAAUACAUGAUAUACAGCAUCAAUGAGAUAUGGACACCUAAUCUUGUUAUCACAAAUUAUAUGGACAAUGUUGGGCUGUUGGGGAUAAUUGAAGACGGUCCUGUUCCCCUCAGGGUGUCUAAUGAGGGUCACGUGGUGUGGGCUCUCCGUGAAGCCGCCACGACUACGUGUGAGGUCAACGUCACGUUUUACCCGUACGACCAUCAAACAUGUAACAUAGAAAUCAUGGAGUGGGCGCACCCCAUAAGUGAGGUGGAUCUCCUACCGUUGGGCAUUCAUAAACAUUCUUAUCUGGAAGAUGGCGAGUGGUCGUUUGAGAGCUCUUCUCAACAUAUCGAGGAAGAGAUAGGUUCACACAAUCAGACUUAUAGAAGGAUCAAGUAUACUUUCAAAUUCCGCAGGUACCCUGAUUGGUAUAUUCCGUUGAUGAUGGUACCACUGUGUGUUCUGUCGCUCCUGAUGCCAGGUAUAUUCUUAGUGCCGGAGCAUUCCGGAGAGAAGAUGGCCUACGGUCUGACUGUGAUGCUGUCAUUUACAGUCAUCAGCUCAUAUCUUUUUGAAAAGCUCCCAACUGUUUCAACCCAAAUCUGCUUGGUGGGUGUAUACAUUGCUACAUCGAUGACGUAUGGUGCAGCUAUGAUUGUUGGUUCAUUGGCGUUGCUUUCCUGCGGCGACACCAAGGAAAAGAAGGAAAACAAGGAAAGUGAGGAAAACAAGGAAAGUGAGGAAAACAAGGAAAACAAGGAAAGUGAGGAAAACAAGGAAGAUGUGAAGUGUAUCAAGAUGUUAGCUGGUACUUACUCCCUUUCGGUACAGAUAAUUAUGGUUUGCACGUUAGUGGGGCUUUUGGGUUGUAAUACAAGUAACAGCCUUGCUAUAUUGAUUAGUGUUCCAUUACUCCUUGGCUUGGUGAUCACUAUAAUAAUACCAUGGAGAUGCUUAUGCCUGUGUUUGAAAGCUGUAAUAUCAGGCAGAUGUAAUAUAUACAAUAAGUACCUGCGUUGGAAAGCUUAUUGGUACGGAAACUCCACAAACCCCACAGAGAAGGAGAUGUCUGAUCGUACCCAUUUAGUCUCUUCGAGAACUGACAGACCCUCGUAUUCGGCUGAGAGAAGUUAGUGAUUUUACCCAGGUUAUUGUUUAGGUACUAACAUUAGUUUCAAGCAGAAGACGAUUUCUUUUAACUGCUCUAAUAAUGUUGGAAAUUUGCAAUGAAGUUUUCUAAAUUUGAGGAAAUAACCUUUUCAUUGCAGUGAACAAAACACAUGUUAUGGCAUCUAAUUGUUAAACAUCGUUAAGAUAAAGCUCGUUGCUUCAAUAUUGCAAGCGUACAUUAAACUGAAAAGGACAUGUGGCAUAAAACACGGUUAUACACAUUAACAUCCCCAAACGCCAAGUGGAUACAUUCUUUUGUAGCUAAAAUUAGUUCAACAUUGACAAAGCAACAUAUUCACACGUGUCCGAAUAUGGAGCUACCAGCGAGUAUUAUGAAAAUGUUAAUGAAAAUGUUUCGUCAUAAAAAAGAAUAUCUCAUUUAAUAUGUUAGUUUGACAAAACGCCACUGUGUUUAACUUGCAUGUCCAGCAUAUAGUCAUGCGCUUCCAUCAAUACUCUCGUAGAUUUCAUGAAUACAAAUUUCUCGAGUCUAAUUUGUAUGUGAUUAUUUUCAAAUAUAUGAUAAAGUGUUUUAGGGAUCCUAAUUGUUUGUUUGGUUUGGUUUUUUGUUUGUUAUUUGGGGUAUUUUUAUGUUAUUUUGUCAUAUUCUAAAACCCGGAAAUGCAUUAUCAGUAAUAAUUACAUGGGAUAUUGGAACGAUUAUACGGAUGCAUCAUGUGUAUCAGGUGACAGUCGUUUGCAAAUGUACAUUCGAAUUCACGCAGUUCACUUGCUGUCUCGAAAGUGGCUAGUAAUCGAAAAUUUUAAGUAAAGACCACACUGCAGUUCGAUGCCAGUCUUUGAAAGAACGUUAUCGCGAAAUUAGUUCCAGUUUACGCUGUGGCACGAGGUGCCCAGUCCUUCAAGGCGAUUCGACCCUGAUUCACUCUCUAGAGUUUCGUCCUGUCCCCUGAGCAUGGCCUAAACCUAUGAUCAGGGAUUCAAUCUCAUUGUUAAUUAAAACUAUUUAUUGAAACAGGAAAGGGAAAAUGUUUUGGCAUCCAUAUUACAUUUCCAAAUGUUUAUUUCUGAAUAUGAGUUUAUAGCUUACAGUGAAUUAAAUAGGGUUUCCUUCACUUUCAGCAGAUUUCCUCAAAUUACAUUGGCAUACAUAGUUUCAGGCAUGAAAUCGUAAAUGAAUGAAUCUUUAAUUAAUGUUUAAUGCAUAAUCUAAUCAUAUAAAUGAAUAUUGAACAUCCGUGCAAAAGGAUAACCCGUCUUGACUAUCCUCAGUAUCAGAUUCUAAAAUGUCAUCCAUCAAUCCAUCCACACAGCAUGGUGUGUGCAUAAUUCUUCGAUUUCUCAAGAUAAAUAUAUAAUUUAUCUUUCGAACAUAUAGCGUCCAAACAAAUUGUAAGUGGAUUAAUGAUUUACCAGAUCUAAAAGUUUCAAUAUGUGACAUGUAUAUAUUUAUUCAGAGUUUUCGACAUUAGUUCUUACCAAUUGUGGAAUAUUUGCAUUUCUAUUCUUGUCAUUAUGAAACUAUGAUGAAUAAAAUCGGAUAUUGAUAAGUU